CGGCCAUGGCUGGUCUGCGCCGCGUGCUGCUGCUGUCGGUGCUCGCGGUAGCUGUCGAGGCUCGUCCCGGCCGGGCCGGGCAGCCCGAGCCGCCGCCCGUGCCGCCGUUCCGCCUGCUGCCGCCAUUGAAUGUCACUCUGCCCGACGGCACAGUUCGGGAGCUGUUCGAAGGAGACAUCCUACUCUCCGAAGAGCAGCGCCUCAGCCGCAAGGGUCUCCUCAGCCAGACCUGGACGAACGGCGUCGUGCCGUUUGUUAUCACAUCGUCUUCGUCCGGCGAGAGCUCCGUCAUCCUGGCGGCCAUCGCCCACUGGGAGGCGGUGACGUGCAUCACUUUCCAGCAGAAGCCGGAGAGCUACAGCGGCGGACCGCACGUGCGCUUUAUCAAGAGCGAUGGGUGCUGGUCGGCCAUGGGUAUGACGAACUCGAGCAGCGGCCAGCUACUCAGCGUCGGCGACGGGUGCCAGUACCUGGGCGUGGUGGCGCACGAGAUCGGCCACGCCAUCGGCUUCUUCCACGAACAGUCCCGCGGCGACCGGGGCAACCACGUGACCGUGGUCUGGGACAACAUCAAGAGCGAGAUGGCCUUCAACUUCCGGAUCGAGACGGCCGGGCAGUGGCUCGGGGUGCCGUACGACCUGGGAUCGCUGAUGCACUACGGUGGGUUCGGCUUCACAAGUAACGGUUUCCCAACCAUCGUCACCAAUGACAUCCUGCAGUCGGGACUGAUUGGGAAUCUCGAGGGUCUCUCGCACCGCGACAAGCACCUGGCCAGCCUGAUGUACCUCUGCGACGACAGCUGCUCGUCCCCGCCCACCUGCGCCAACGGCGGCUACGUGGACAGCAGCUGCACGUGCGUGUGUCCUCCGGGAACCAGCGGCGCAACGUGCCAAACCGUCACCGGCACCUACUACGAGGCGCCGUGCGGCGACCAGGACAUCACCACGGAGGGAAACAUCACCUCGCCCAACUACCCCAACCUGUACCCUCCUGGACAGCACUGUGUCUGGAUCGUCACCGCGCCCGCAGGUAUGCAGGUCCGCAUCCAGUUCGGCACCUUCAAGAUCCUCUACCGCUACGAUGUCAAGUGCCCCUGGGACUGGGUGACCGUCCACACCGACAGCGACUCGAUUCCAGACUACGUCAACUGCGGCACCGAACAGCAGAAUCAGGUGAUCACGUCGUCGGGCGGUCGGCUGGCCCUGGAGUUUCACAGCUAUGGGGGCGGCUCCUACCCAACUCUUCAGACGGGCUUCACGGCGAGCGUCACGUUCGUCUGAUAGACAGACGACGCCGGCCAACAGCCUCCCAGUGGCGGCCCCCCAGACGACGCCGGCCAACAGCCUCCCAGUGGCAGCCCCCGCCUGCGCUGCCAGCUGCCGUCUACUCCACUGACCACUUCUCUCUCACCUGGUAGUACCUAUAGGAAAAGAUUUAAAUAGCAGUUACCGGUCUAUUUUCCGAUUGUUUGGAACACGUUCAUCGACGUAUUUAUUUUUUCUUGCAAUUUCUGUUAAUGUAAAAGAACAUCGUUUUUGCUACCUGCGUUUUUUCACGUAACAAUAAAUUGUCCGUUUAUUUCAUGUGCACUUGUUUGCUAAGGUCUAGGGAUAUGAACAUGUUAAGAUAGGGGAAGGUGGGGGAACAUCGCCCUUUGGGGAACACCGCCCACCCCGAUAUCAGAAAUAUAAAAAGGUCUAGGGCGACAGCUGACUGUCUUUUGGCAGCG